AGCUGUUGUUGGGGAGAUAAUCUCACUCUUCUAUAUAAAGAAUCACCAGGCAGCAACUUCCAGAUCUUCAUUUGCGAUCUCCUCCAUCAUCAUUUCUCCACUUAUCAGCAGCUAUGGCUUCACUUCGCACCCUUCUGGGAGUGGUACUGUGCUCCUUCAUGGUUUCUUCUUCUGAAAUCCUACCUCAGGCAGACUUUGAUUUACAGGCGAUGGCAGGUAAGUGGUACCGCACUGGAAUUUGCUCUAAUGGCCAGUGGUUUGUCAGUCACAAAGCCAAUAUGAAGACCGGCACAGCCAUCAUUAAACCAACUGAAGAUGGAGGUCUUGAGUUCUCGUUCUCCAGUCUUAUUAAUGAUACAUGUCAGAAAAUGGAGAAUUUAGCCAACAAGACCGAGGUGCCUGGAAAAUUCACAUUCGAGAGUCUGUACUGGGGGGUGAGUGACAUGCGUAUGGUUGAUGUGAAGUAUGAUGAGUACGCCCUGACCUAUUCCUUCAACACCAGAGGGAAUGAAACCUUUGUCAUUAACAGACUAUUUGGACGUAGUUUGGACCUCAGCGAUGAGGUGCAGGAGAAGUUCAGGCAGUUCUGCUUGCAGACCGGCAUCCUUCCUGAAAAUACUGUCCUUCUUCCUAAAAGCGAGGAGUGUCCACUUGCCUAACCUUCUGUCCCACCGAUCGUCUCACCGGUACUGCAUGAAGAUCUUACACCCUCUGUUAUGGAAAUGUGCCUGAGCGCCAUCUUGAGAUGUUUUUAACAAUAAAAAUGCAAACAUCGAGAA